CGGAGUUCCUCCCAGUCCGAGAGCCAGCGGUGCGGAGAGCGCGAGGAGAGUAAACAACGUAAAUAAACCAAAAACAAACAUCUAAAGAAGAAGAAAACAUGGUGGCCAAGCAGAGGAUCCGCAUGGCGAACGAGAAGCACAGCAAGAACAUCACACAGCGGGGGAACGUGGCCAAGUCCACGAGGAACCUGGUGGAGGAGAAGGGAGUGGGCCCAUGGCUGCUGGCCCUCUUCAUCUUUGUUGUCUGUGGAUCAGCCAUCUUCCAGAUCAUCCAGAGCAUCAGAAUGGGCAUGUAGAGUGACAUCAUCAGCCGGGGGCGGGGCCUGAACUGAGAAAGCAUGACAUCAUCAGACAGCUGAGUUCCUGAAGCAGAGCAACAAAAACAUUCCUGAGAUUUGACAUCACUCUGACGACUCAAAGAAACCCCGCCCACCCUCAUCUAGCCCCGCCCUUCAGCAUUAUCCCCGCCCCCAGAGACUCGGGCUAUUAUUUGUGUUGCUGCUUGCUGACUUUCCCACAGAACUUCACCCUGUGCCUUCCUCUGUUUACCUGGACUGUAGCCCUGCCCCCUCUGGGUACACCUUAACCUGAAUAGGGGGGUGGAAGUCCAGAUACAAUCUGUCUCCCUGACAGGAAGUGACCUUUUGAAUCAGAAGGUGUAAAGGUGCCGACAGGUGAGGCUGCACCGUGUGCAGCUGCACCUGAACAUUCCUGAUCCACCAAUAAAAUUUCACUCUAAAUAUCAA